UGGCUCUCGAUAGAAGCGUUCUGAGCCGGGCUUCGGCAGUCGGCUUUGAAGUAGCUGUGUGCUGCAAACGUUUCUGGCUGGAAUGGCUGCUAUGGUAGCUUCCAGGUGUCAUGCAAAGGCGCGGCGACUCUUAGGAUGCGUUGUAACAGCUGCCAUUGUUGCAGCGCAAGUUGCAGCAGUCUCUUUUGCGCUGGGCGUGAGAAGUGCUUCGUCUAUGACUGUGGCAACGCUGAAGGAGAAGCUCAGAGAGAAAGGUCUUCCAACUUCUGGGCUCAAGGCCGUUCUCGUGAAGAGGCUUCAAGAGGCCGAGUCCGAAGGGUUGAGCGGAGGCUACUCACGUUUGACUGUUGCCCAGCUCAAGGCAAAAUGUUCUGAGCUCGGCCUAAGCAAAUUAGGGCGCAAAGCAGACUUGGUCGCUCGACUGGAAGACGCUGCCUCAGAGGUGAACCCCAAAGACGCAGCAGCGGCUGCUGGGUUCUCUGUCGGUGACAAGGUCAUGGCACUCUUCGAGGAAGAGGAAGAGGAGUAUGAGGCGUUGGUACAAUGCGACAAUGGGGAUGAGACCUACUUAAUCUCAUGGACGGAGGAUGGCUUCGAGCACACCCAGAAGGCUGAGAACAUGAGGCUUCUCAAACGCGCAGAGAGAGACUUUGGCUUCAGUGCAGGCAACAAAGUUGAGGGGCUCUAUCAUGAAGACAACGUAUGGUAUCCAGCCCGAGUAAAAUGUAUCAAUGAAUCCGGUACGUACACGAUUAUUUGGGAGGACGGUGCUGAGUAUGAAAUUGAGGAACAAGACUUGAAGCCCGCUGCUCCGCUGAUUUCCUUGGCAGAUCUUCAGCCUCGACAAAGAUUUUCAGGCAGGGUGGCCAGGACAUUUAGUUUCGGCACCUUUGUGAACAUUGGAGCCGAACGUGACGGUCUCCUGAAACCAUGGUUCACCUACGAGGGCGAAGAGCAUGUCUUCAAAGAAGGAGACAAAGUUCAGGCCUUCUAUGAGGAUGACCAAGACUACUACGAAGCCACCGUUCAGAAGGACCACGGAGAUGGGACAUUUCUAGUUUCGUGGGAUGGAGACGGCGAAGAACAUGUGGCAAAGAGAACCCAACUGAAGCUUCUUCGUUUGGCUGAGCUGGACGAGGGCAGUAAGGUAGAGGUCCUGGUGGAGUCUGUGAUGACAGACAAGGAUGGACAGCAGAAACUGUUUCUAGCAACAGUUGAAGACAAGAUCGGGUUGAAAGAGCCAAGAAGGAAAGUCGAUCUUUCAGGGUUCGAAGAGAAUCAAUGGCUGAGCGGCAAAGUGUCACGAAUUCUCCCGUUUGGAGCUUUCGUGCAAGUCACAUCACCUGAAGGAGAAUCGGCCGAAGGUUUGCUGCACAUCCGAGAGAUUCGCGAAGGCUUCAUUGCGAACCUUGAGGAUGAACUUGGCUUGGGUCAGCACAUCAAGGUGCGCGUAAAGUAUCUGAACAAGGACGAAGGUGUGCUGCAGCUGUCCAUGAUGGAAUGAUUUGGAACGAGCAGAGAGGCAGCAGAGCCUGAACGGCUGUGCUGGAAGAGCUAGGUUGCCCUCCCACGUGUUGGGCGGAGCUUCAACGCCUUGGAGACGAUCGGAGCGGAGCCUAUUGCAGCGACGUUCUGCGUUCGGCGUUCCUCGUUGAUACUCUUCGUGAAGUUCUGAAGCUUCAGCUGCAUAGGUCCAGAGAGGGAACUGCUGGGAAAAGCACAUUGUGUUUUCAAGGGGGGUAGGCCGCUAGUGGCUAUAUAGGUAGAGGUAGCUAGUAGCUACAAGAACGCUACUACAUAUGGACGCAGGAUUGCUCGCGCUUCUUCAAGGAAGCUCCCCCCCGCCUCCCUAAAGGCGGCGGGGGAAGCUUCCUUGAAGAGGCGCUCGCACUAAUGAUUUGGUUCCUGGUUUUUUAAGGGAAACUUAAGGCGGACAAAUGACAUCGUUGAAAAGCUUGGCGAGCAAACCAAAGUCUUUGCAAAUCAAAGCCUUUGGCUCAAGAAGAAACAACAAAGCCACAUUGCAACAUGGCUUC